AUGCCACCAAAGAAGAAGCAGAAUCAGCCACAAAAGAAAAAGGACAAUGUUGACAAGACUUUUGGUAUGAAGAACAAGAACCGGUCGACUAAGGUCCAAAGAUAUAUCAAGCAGGUGCAGACGCAAACAGAUCCUAAGAAAGAGGAGAUGAGACUCAAGAAGCUAGAAGAAAAGAAGAAGAAAGAAGCAGCGGAGGCUGAGAGAAGAGCCCUAUUUAACCCAAUUAUAGAUCAAAAAGUCAGGCCCGGUGUGGAUCCUAAAACUGUACUAUGUGCCAUGUUCAAGAUUGGGAACUGUAACAAAGGUGCUAGGUGUAAAUUUUCGCAUGACUUGAAUGUAGGCCGUAAGGUUGAAAAGAUGGAUUUGUAUAAGGAUGCUAGAGAGGAGAAAGAAGCCGAUACCAUGGAUACAUGGGACGAAGAAAAAUUGAGAAGCGUCAUUCUUUCAAAACAUGGUAAUCCUCGUACUACAACUGACAAGGUUUGCAAGUAUUUCAUUGAAGCUGUUGAAAAUGGAAAGUACGGUUGGUUUUGGGUUUGCCCUAACGGGGGUAACACUUGUAUGUACAGACACUCACUGCCAGAGGGAUUUGUGUUGAAAACUAAGGAACAAAAGCGUUUGGAGAAGGAAGCUUUCGACAAGCAGCCCAAAAUUACUCUCGAGGAAUUUAUAGAAACUGAGAGGGAGAAGCUUGAUAAGUCGCAUCUCACUCCAAUUACCGUUGAGAACUUCGCCAAGUGGAAGAAGGACCAUAUCAUCAGGAGAGUCAAUGCAGACAAAGAAGAAAACGCCAAAAAGAAACCUAGCGGUCGUGAGGUCGUACUGAAGAAAUUCUUGGAGAACAAGAAAUUCGCCGAAGUGGACGAUUUGGAUGACACGAAGGGUUCUGCUUGGGAUUUGUCUGAGUUUACCACAGCUUUGAAAGAAUCUGAUGAAAAUAACAACAGCGGUAUCAAGGAUUACGGUGAUGGUAGUAACCCCACAUUUGAUAUUGUAGGCAAAGAGACUACUACUGCAUCUGCAUGA